UGUGGACAACACCUUGUUAAUCUGAAGCGAUAGAAAACUAGUGCCUUUAAUUACAGUGUAAAUUCUAAAUCCUAAUACAACUUGCAAAAUGGUUGUACAAUGACACACCUGGGAAGUCUAGUAGAUGAUCCUAAUAAAUUAUCCAAUAAUAUAACAUAAUAAUAAUAAUAAUAAUAAUAACAAUAAUAAUAAUAACUAACAUUCACCCCCCGUUGUGAUAGACCUUUGGCCUCCAAUGAUAAAGCUCUAUUGCUGUAGGUGUUGGGAGCUGUCAGUAGUUAACCGUUUCAUUUCCCUGUGAACAAACUAAAUCUGAUAAUACACCGCCCUUUACCUACCUUCCUGUUUUGUUAAAGCUGGCAAAUUAUUGCUGAACUCAGGAUUAGACCUGUCACAUGUCACACCAUGUUCUCUCUUGUGGCACCGAACUAGCACUGAAAAAGCGUCCGAUUUAAAGUUGUUGUGCUGGUCCAUAGUGUGUGCAGCCUACUGUAUCAUACUGUAUGUAUAACACAAGGAAGCUCCUAACCACUGAUAUUAACCAUGCAUCUACUUAUCUAUGGGGCUCAUAUAUAUAUAUCCCGACUUGAAUAACUGAUUCUGUUAAUGCUUCAUAAACACAAGUCAUAUUCUAUAAGGACUGUAUCGCUUACCUUUGGAAAGAACCAUUGAAGUGUCUGAUUUUUGAAUGAAGUUUGGCUCACGGGCUGGUGUUUUUAGGGCUUUUUACACAGGAGCUAAACUGGAUAACUGAAACCCGUUCAAACUGCGGUUGUGUGUAAACUGAAACUGACGAGCGUUAUUAUUAUCAUAGGACCUCACUGAGCUUAGCUCCGACACAGCGAAACCCCCCCUCCAGAGUCCUGGUCCAGGACUGUCCCGUGUGUUACGACAACAAGUGAGGCAUGGGAUUACAAGCUGCUUGUAAGCAGCGUAAUCCCAGCUAAUCUGGGAUUCAGUUUCACUCUGCGCUGUGGACACAGCCUCGGACUGGAGGAGCACUGGGAGUAUGGAGAUACAAAUGGCCUUCCUGGGUACGGGGUUCGUCUGCUGAAGGAUGUAUCUGCUGGUCCUUGUUCACAUCCUGCAGUCCUCUCUGUUGGCAGUCCAAAGCUGUCCAGCUUCAUGUGCCUGCACGUACGGGAACAGUGGAGCAGCAGAGCUCAGGUUGGUGCAGUGCAGUGACCCUGGAAUCGCAGUUGUUCCAAUCAAUGUCCCAGCGGACACAGUCAAACUGCGCCUAGAGAAGACCUUGAUCUCCAGAGUGCCCCGGGCAGCUUUUUACAACCUGUCCCAGCUGCAGUUCCUGUCCCUGGCCUACAACUCCAUCACGUCUGUCCACCCCAGCAGCUUUGUCAACCUGAAGGCCCUGAGAGAGCUGCGUCUGGAUGGGAACCUCCUCACAUCCUUCCCCUGGGAGGGGCUCAGGGACAUGCCCCGACUCCAGACUCUGUGUCUCCACAACAACCGUCUGUCCAGCCUUCCAGCCCACGCUGCACUCUUCCUUCACAACAUCACUUACCUCGACCUUUCCAGCAACAGGCUGACCAUUUUACCUGCCGAGCUGCUGGACCUUUGGUUUCCUCUGCCAGGACAACUGGGACCAGCACAAAGACGGAUUUUGGGUCUCCAUGACAACCCUUGGUUGUGCGACUGCCAAAUCUCCAUGGUGAUGUCCUUGUCUAUGUCCCUGGGGAGUCCUGUAGUUCUCAUGGACCAGUUGUUGAUGUGCAGCAGGUCUCUGGGUCAGUCAGGGAUGCUGCUGACCCAGGCUGAGCUGUCCCGCUGUAUGAGGCCCUCAGUCCAACCUGCAGCCACCAGAGUCAUCUCUCCACUGGGCAGUAAUGUAAUCCUCCGCUGUGACGCCACUGGUUACCCGACGCCAACCCUGACUUGGAUCAAAACCUCAGGCUACGCUGAUUGUUGCCAGCAACACAUCCUUGAGAACUCUGAACAGUUGCCGAGGAAUUUGGAGAGCUUUAUGCAGGAAUCUCCUCGCGUCGGGGUUCGCUGGUCCAUAAUCAGCCUGAACGGGUUGUCAUACAAGGACGCUGGUGAAUAUCGCUGCCAGGCACGGAACAUGGCAGGAAUAUCCGAAGCCCCGAUUAAACUGAAGGUUGUGGGCAUCUCAAGACUGUCCCGCCUUCCGAAGAAGAAGCCCCAAAAGACUCCGCCUAAAUCGUUAUCAAAAUCGAGGAAGCCAAAUCAGAAUCCAUCCACUAUCGACACCCCCUCAGUGAAGGAGAAUCAGAUCUUCCAAAACAUCACACCGAAAGACCCAGAUGCAAAGAGACAGGCCCAGACACCCAUCAGGUCCACACCCGAGUCCUCAGACAACUCUACAACUGCUCUUUUGUUGGAAACACUUAUGAAAUAUAAUGAAGAUGGUCAGGGUCAGUGACUUGGUCGACCUUCACACUGGAUUGGAAAUAAAAUGUAAUUGUUUUAGAUCCUGAGGCUCAUUCUUCUCUGUAGAAUAAUGCCCAGUUUGUUGAUGAGCUAUCGUGUUGAUUUAACUUGUCAGUAAAAAUAAAAAAUGUGUGAUACAUGGAAACUUAGAUGCAGCGUCAGUGAUGUACCCAGGUCCACCCUGCAGGAUAAACACCCCCCACCUCCACCCCCCAUGUUCCAGAACUCUUUCAAGUAGUUUAUAAAAUCAAAGCAUAAAAUAGGGUAUUUAUUUUGGACCAUAACCACUCUGAUCUGAUGCCUGACACCAAAAGGUCUCUCUCAUGAAGCCAUACUUCCGAGCCAGGCCUGGGCUACGCAUUCAUUUUCCCACUUCGGUGUGAAAGUUGAAGCCCUGGGUCCGGUAUUUCACAAUGACACAGAUGUUUUCAUAAUCGCAGGCACCAGAGACAGAGGAGGAGGAGGAACUGUGUUUACUAAUUUGGCUUCCAAAUAAGCGGUGUGAGAAAAUA